AUGACGGUAUAUUACGACGGAGCGACGGGGGCCAUGGUGGAUGGGGAAGGAGUGCUUUGCAGCACUCCUUCUCGGCCGGCGAGCGAGUUGGGGCUGCAGUUGCAAUUGGUUCCCCCCACGUUGUCGAACACGCCGGACGGCGAGCUUGAGGAGUCAUACGAGGAGUACGACCGCGCGGCGGCAUACAGCUAUUUCAGUGCGGUGGCUGCGUCUUCUGUUGGGACGUAUGCUCUGCCCGCGGCGAUGCCGGAGGUGUUGGGCGUGGGGGGCUUCGGUGUCAAUUUGCAGGACGAGGGUAUUUUCGCGCUGGAUCAGGAUGCGCUGUACCCGUCGCAGGGGGCGGCAGCAGCAGCAGCAGCAGGGACGCCGACGGCGUUCGCCAAGUCCACGUUGGUGGACAUCAACAGCGGGUACGAGCUGCAUACGGACGUCGAGUUCAGCGCAGGAGAACUACCGGCUGUGGCUCACGAGGGUAUGAGGCGACCGCGCGGCGGCUACGCGACGGAAAAACAAGACGCAGCAGCGAUGGAUGCAUGCAGAUGA